GGCAAAAACAGCUCAGUGCGAUUGGGAACCUCUGCGAACGAGAUGCGAUCCGUACUGCUGUCCGCCGGACUUCUGCUCCUGGUUCUGCUGCUGGGCUCUUCGUGCAGCGGGUCGGGAAAAGUGAUCUACUUCAACCAACUGAACAGCACCCAGUCCCAGGAGGCGGCCAAGAACACCACCGGCGCCCUGGGCAAGGGAAUGCUCUUCGACACGCGCGGAAACCGCUGUCGUCACGGCUUCGUUCGCGAUCACCAUGGGCGUUGCAGGAGGCUGGUCUAAAAAUAUGGAAUCUCCCACUGGGCUUAGCUAAUUUUAACUGCGUGUUUAUUUUAAGUCUGUGCGUCCUCGGAUAUUAAAGCGAAAGCCUAGGCAAACCGUCUACGUAUCUUGUAAAUACUAACUGACAGAUAGCGAAAACUUCUAAAUAUGUUAUUCGCUUCUGCUUGGCAACACGAUCUUAGCUUUAGGUGUAAAUUUUGUAUGUUAGUAGGUAUUGUUAGUAACUAUAAAUUAAAUGUUUUUUUAAUAAAGAUACUUUUAUGUGGAAAAA